GGAGUAACAUGCUUGGAAUUACUUGCUAGCGUUGAUUACCUGCACCUUAGCACAAGAGCUCCAGCUUGAUUCUUUUCAGUGCUUCUGACAGAACAUGGGGGAAAACGAUGAUGAAAAAUACAGUCAAGCUGGCCAGAUAUUUGAAAACUUUGUCCAAGCAACAACAUGCAAAGGUACCAUUCAGGCCUUUAAUAUUCUCACACGCCAACUUGAAUUAGAUCCUUUGGACUGUAAGAACUUUUACAGUAAACUGAAGUCAAGAGUAACCACGUGGAAGGCCAAAGCUUUGUGGAACAAGCUUGAUAAAAGAGCAAGUCACAAAGAGUACAAACGUGGAAAAUGUUGUAUGAACACUAAGUGUUUAAUUAUUGGAGGUGGCCCAUGUGGCUUGCGGACUGCCAUAGAACUUGCCUUCCUGGGAGCCAAAGUUGUUGUUGUGGAGAAGCGGGACACUUUUUCAAGAAACAAUGUGUUGCAUCUCUGGCCGUUUACAAUCCAUGACCUCCGGGGACUAGGAGCAAAGAAGUUUUACGGGAAAUUCUGUGCAGGAUCCAUUGAUCACAUCAGUAUUCGACAACUUCAACUUAUCCUCUUCAAAGUUGCACUUAUGCUAGGAGUUGAAAUCCAUGUGAAUCUAGAAUUUGUGAAAGUCCUAGAACCACCUGAAGAUCAGGAAAAUCAAAAGAUAGGUUGGAGGGCUGAGUUUCUUCCCGUGGAUCACCCUUUGUCAGAGUAUGAAUUUGAUGUUAUUAUUGGUGCAGAUGGCCGCAGAAACACAUUAGAAGGUUUUAGGAGAAAGGAGUUUCGUGGAAAGCUAGCUAUAGCUAUCACUGCCAAUUUUAUAAACAGAAAUACAACUGCAGAAGCCAAAGUAGAAGAAAUUAGUGGUGUUGCUUUCAUCUUCAAUCAGAAGUUCUUCCAAGACCUUAAAGAGGAAACAGGAAUUGACUUGGAGAAUAUUGUUUACUACAAAGAUAGCACACAUUAUUUUGUGAUGACGGCAAAAAAACAGAGUCUUCUGGACAAAGGAGUGAUUAUAAAUGACUAUAUUGAUACUGAGUUACUCCUCUGCGGGGAGAAUGUGAACCAGAGCAAUUUGCUGUCCUAUGCUAGAGAAGCUGCUGACUUUGCAACCAACUAUCAGCUGCCUUCCUUGGAUUUUGCAAUUAAUCACUAUGGGCAACCAGAUGUAGCAAUGUUUGACUUUACAUCUAUGUAUGCAUCUGAGAAUGCUGCACUGGUGAGAGAAAGGCACAGACAUCAGCUCCUGGUUGCACUUGUUGGAGACAGUUUACUCGAGCCUUUCUGGCCAAUGGGUACUGGCUGUGCAAGAGGCUUCUUAGCUGCUUUUGAUACCGCUUGGAUGGUGCGGAGCUGGGCUCAAGGAAAACCCCCACUAGAAAUCCUUGCUGAACGGGAGAGUAUUUAUCGACUCUUGCCUCAGACUACCCCUGAAAAUAUUAACAAGAACUUUGACCAGUAUACCAUUGAUCCAGGAACGAGGUACCCAAACUUGAACUCAAGCUGUGUUCGACCUCACCAGGUGAAACAAUUAUACGUUACCAAUGAGUUACAGCAAUGUUCUCUUGAAAGAGCAAGCUCCAUUAGAAGAUCAGUGAAUCUCUCAAGACGUGAGUCAGACAUUCGACCUAACAAACUCUUGACCUGGUGUCAGAAACAGACAGAAGGGUACCGUAAUGUUAACAUCACAGACCUGACUACUUCUUGGAAAAGUGGCCUUGCACUGUGUGCAAUUAUCCAUCGCUUCAGGCCUGACCUCAUGUAA